GGCCACCGCACGGGGACCCUCGGCGGCGGCGGCGGCGCAGGUGGCGGCGGCGGCCUGCCGGGAGGCCGCGGCGGCGCCCGGGCCCGGCCCCUCUGGCUCCGCCCCUCCGGCCUCCUGUGGCGGCGGCGGCUGCUGUUCCCGGGGCGGCCGCUGCGCUGCCUCCCCCCUCCCCGGCUCGCUGGGCUGCCCCUCAUGCGGAUGUGACAUUUCACGGCGUUUACCGCAGCCGCCAUUUUGAGACAGAGAGCGCUGGCGGCGGCCGAGUGGCAGCAGCGCGCGGGGGCACAGGCAACGGGGGCGGCCGGCGGGCCGGGAGCAGCAAGCCGGGCGUCGGCCAGCGGCUGUGCCGGGGCGCUGGGGGGGGCGGGAGGGCAGAGGAGGGGCCCCGCGGUGCCUCCCCGACUUCGCAGCGCCGGGGACACCUCGCCGGGGGAGGGGGAAGCGCCGGGCGCCGCCGCCGGGCCCUGACUCCUGGUCUCCCGUCCCCCCCCCCCUCCCCCCCUCCUCCCGGUCCCCUCCCCUCCGGCCACCCCGGGGGAAGCCGCCACCCCAGGCCGGUCCCUCCUCCCCACCCCUUUCCCCCCGACCCGGGUGCCGCCGCCGAGAUUGGGCGAAUAGCGAGCAAAUACGUGCGCGUCUCGCUGCCUCCGCCGGCUGCCCGCUCCCUGCCCGCCGGAGCCCAGCCGCAGCCCCCCGAGGCGGGUGCCCACUCCCGGCCGCUGCCCAGGCCCCGCCGCUCCUCCGCCCCUUCCCCUCCCGACACAGGCCUGCAGCCCCCAGCGGGAAAGGCCCAGGCCGCCGCCGAGACCGAGCCCAAGCCCCAGCCCGACAUGAACCACCAUCAGCAGCAGCAGCAGCACCAGAAGCCCGGGGAGCAGCAGCUGAGCGAGCCCGAGGACAUGGAGAUGGAAGCUGGAGAUACAGAUGAUCCUCCAAGAAUUACUCAAAAUCCUGUCAUUAAUGGGAAUGUAGCAAUGGCUGAUGGGCAUAACAACACUGAGGAAGACAUGGAAGAUGAUACAAGCUGGCGAUCAGAAGCAACAUUUCAGUUUACAGUCGAACGCUUCAACAGAUUGAGCGAGUCAGUUCUCAGUCCUCCAUGCUUUGUACGUAAUUUGCCAUGGAAGAUCAUGGUUAUGCCACGACUCUACCCAGACAGACCACACCAAAAAAGUGUAGGAUUCUUCCUUCAAUGCAACGCUGAAUCUGAUUCCACGUCAUGGUCUUGUCAUGCACAAGCAGUUCUCAAGAUAAUAAACUACAAGGAUGAUGAAAAAUCAUUCAGUCGUCGUAUUAGUCACUUGUUCUUUCAUAAGGAAAAUGACUGGGGCUUCUCCAACUUCAUGGCCUGGAGUGAAGUUACUGAUCCUGAGAAAGGCUUUAUAGAAGAGGACAAAGUUACUUUUGAAGUCUACGUUCAAGCAGAUGCUCCGCAUGGAGUAGCGUGGGAUUCAAAGAAGCACACAGGAUAUGUUGGCUUAAAGAACCAGGGAGCAACUUGUUACAUGAACAGUUUGUUACAGACUUUAUUUUUCACAAAUCAACUACGAAAGGCUGUGUACAUGAUGCCCACAGAAGGAGAUGAUUCAUCCAAAAGUGUUCCUUUAGCAUUGCAAAGAGUAUUUUAUGAGCUGCAACAUAGUGACAAACCAGUUGGAACUAAAAAGUUAACAAAAUCUUUUGGGUGGGAGACUUUAGACAGCUUCAUGCAACAUGAUGUCCAGGAAUUAUGUCGAGUGCUGCUCGAUAAUGUGGAAAAUAAAAUGAAAGGCACAUGUGUAGAAGGCACUAUUCCUAAAUUGUUCAGAGGGAAGAUGGUGUCUUAUAUCCAAUGCAAACAUGUAGACUAUCGAUCUGAACGAAUAGAAGAUUAUUAUGACAUCCAGCUAAGUAUAAAGGGAAAGAAAAAUAUUUUUGAGUCCUUCAUUGACUAUGUUGCGGUGGAACAGUUGGAUGGUGAUAACAAAUACGAUGCAGGAGAACACGGCUUGCAGGAGGCAGAGAAAGGUGUGAAGUUCCUAACGUUGCCACCAGUAUUACACCUACAGCUCAUGAGAUUUAUGUAUGAUCCUCAGACUGACCAAAACAUCAAGAUAAAUGAUAGGUUUGAGUUUCCUGAACAGUUGCCAUUAGAUGAAUUUUUACAGAAAACAGAUCCUAAAGAUCCUGCGAAUUACAUUCUUCAUGCAGUUCUAGUACAUAGUGGAGAUAACCACGGUGGACAUUAUGUUGUUUACUUAAAUCCAAAGGGGGAUGGCAAAUGGUGUAAAUUUGAUGACGAUGUUGUAUCAAGAUGUACAAAGGAAGAAGCAAUCGAACACAACUAUGGAGGUCAUGAUGAUGACUUGUCUGUGCGGCACUGUACCAAUGCUUACAUGUUGGUUUACAUCAGGGAAUCAAAAUUAAGUGAAGUUUUGCAGCCUGUCACGGACCACGAUAUUCCUCAACAACUUGUAGAAAGGCUACAAGAAGAGAAAAGGAUAGAAGCUCAGAAGAGGAAGGAGAGGCAGGAAGCUCACCUCUAUAUGCAAGUGCAGAUAGUGGCAGAGGAUCAGUUCUGUGGUCACCAAGGCAAUGACAUGUAUGAUGAAGAAAAAGUGAAAUACACUGUUUUCAAAGUAUUAAAAAACUCCACGCUUACAGAAUUUGUUCAAAAUCUCUCUCAAACGAUGGGAUUUCCCCAGGAUCAAAUCAGAUUAUGGCCAAUGCAGGCUAGAAGUAAUGGAACAAAAAGACCCGCAAUGUUAGAUAAUGAAGCAGAUGGCAAUAAAACGAUGAUUGAGCUCAGUGACAAUGAAAAUCCAUGGACAAUAUUUUUGGAAACAGUAGAUCCAGAGAUGGCUGCUACUGGAGCAACACUACCCAAGUUUGAUAAAGAUCAUGAUGUUAUGUUGUUUCUGAAGAUGUAUGAUCCGAAGACUCGGAGUUUGAAUUAUUGUGGGCAUAUCUACACACCUAUAUCCUGUAAAAUACGUGACUUGCUUCCAGUUAUGUGCGAGAGAGCAGGAUUUCCACAAGAAACUAACCUUAUCCUCUAUGAGGAAGUUAAACCCAACUUAACAGAAAGGAUUCAAGACUAUGAUGUAUCUCUUGAUAAAGCUCUUGAUGAACUCAUGGAUGGCGACAUCAUAGUGUUUCAAAAGGAUGACCCAGAAAAUGAUAGCAGUGAGCUACCAACAGCUAAAGAAUACUUCCGAGACCUCUAUCAUCGUGUGGAUGUCAUUUUCUGUGAUAAAACCAUCCCCAAUGACCCAGGCUUUGUUGUUACUUUAUCCAAUAGGAUGAAUUACUUUCAGGUUGCAAAGACAGUUGCGCAAAGACUUAAUACGGAUCCAAUGCUAUUACAGUUUUUCAAGUCCCAAGGUUACAGGGAUGGCCCUGGUAAUCCUCUUAGACAUAAUUAUGAAGGUACUUUAAGAGAUCUUCUGCAGUUCUUCAAGCCUAGGCAACCUAAAAAACUUUACUAUCAACAGCUCAAAAUGAAAAUAACUGAUUUUGAAAACAGAAGAAGUUUUAAAUGCAUAUGGCUAAAUAGCCAGUUUAGGGAAGAGGAAAUAACAGUAUAUCCAGAUAAGCAUGGGUGUGUGCGGGACCUGUUAGAAGAAUGUAAAAAAGUUGUAGAACUCUCUGAAAAAGGUUCAGGGAAAUUAAGGCUGCUAGAAAUUGUAAGUUACAAAAUAAUUGGUGUCCAUCAGGAAGACGAGCUGUUAGAGUGUUUGUCACCUGCAACAAGUCGAACAUUUCGAAUAGAGGAAAUUCCUCUGGACCAGGUAGAUAUAGAUAAAGAAAACGAGAUGCUAAUCACAGUGGCACAUUUCCACAAAGAGGUUUUUGGGACAUUUGGAAUUCCGUUCUUGCUGAGGAUACACCAGGGUGAACACUUCAGAGAGGUUAUGAAGCGGAUUCAGACAAUGCUGGACAUACAAGAAAAAGAAUUUGAAAAGUUUAAAUUUGCAAUUGUAAUGAUGGGCCGACACCAAUAUCUCAAUGAAGAUGAGUAUGAAGUGAACUUGAAAGAUUUUGAGCCCCAACCUGGCAACAUGUCUCAUCCAAGGCCAUGGCUAGGGCUUGACCAUUUCAAUAAAGCCCCAAAGAGAAGUCGCUACACUUACCUUGAAAAAGCUAUUAAAAUCCAUAACUGACUUACUUAACCAGAUUGUCAAGGCAAGGGACAAAAAUAAGUGUGUGUGUGCACCUUUUUAACAACUGUAGAACUUUGGUACACGUGCACUAUAUCUGAAGUCUUCAGCAAGAGGAUUUGCUGCUGAUGUUAAUUUUAUUUUGUUGAGGCUGUUCAGUUUGGCUUCUCUGUAUCUAUUGACUGCCCUUUUUGAGCAAAAUGAAGGUGUUUUUAUAAAGCUUGGAUGCCAAUGAGAGUUAUUUUAUGGUAAACGUAAUGCAAGGCAAUUGUCAGCAUAAUGAGGGAAGAGUUUAGUAGAACAGUUGACAUUGGCAAAAUAUUUGUCUGUAGUACGUUUAUAGGUGGCAUAAGCUGGCUGGCUGCUCUUCCUAGUGUGGUGUUCACCAUCACUGCAGCUAGUAAGUCUUAUGUUUAGACUCACAUCAGAUUUAUUUCCUUCAGUUAUACUUUAAAUGACAUUUUUGUGCAUUUGUAAAUGCAAAACAACUCACAUCAUCAAUAAAUAGCAAUCUCUA